AACAUGCAGCACGUCCUGGGUGCUGUGGCUUGCCUUUGGGCAGUACGAAUGAUCGUUCAGGCUUACCUUCCUAAAUCAGAGAGUAGCCUUCCCCUCCCACCAUCCCCUCCCACUUGGAGACUAUGGGGGCAUUUCCUGCCCCUUCGCAGCCCAUUUCUCACUGUAGGUGGAUGGAUUGACGAGUACGGUCCUCUGGUCACCAUUCGCUCAGGAGCCCAGAAAAUCGUUAUCAUUGGCCGUCACAAAACCGCAGUAGAUAUCAUGGAGAAACAGAGUGGAUCGCUCGUCGACCGUCCUCGCCUAAUUGCUGCCGGUGAAAUUCUUAGCGGCGGACUGUCCAUCGUCUUUACACCUGCUGGGGACCGGCUCCGUCGGAUGCGUAGAGCACUUCAUAGGCAUCUCCAGCCUAAAGCAGCGGAGGAAUAUCAGCCCUUGCAGAUGUCACAUGCGAAGAACACCGUUCUCAGCAUUCUUGAGGAUCCAUACAACUUCCAUAAUCAUGCGAGAACCUAUGCUGCAACAACAAUCACAAAAAUCGCAUAUGGGAAGGAUACACCCACGGCUGCGACUGAUAAUGAAGUCAAGGAGAGUCGCCAGUUUCUCAGGAUAUUCCGUGUAGCCAUUCAACCUGGCACUUACCUGGUGGAUGCUAUCCCGUGGCUCAAAUACCUUCCUUGGUAUGGUAAAGAACUAAAACGAGGGUUUGAAAUGAGCAGGCAACUCUAUACCAAUCAGCUUAACCGCGUUAAACAGCAAAUAGGUAACCCGGAUAUUGGCCCCUCGUUCGGGAGAUACAUGCUAGAAAAUCGCCAUCUCUGUGGCUUGACGGAGCCAGAGAUGGCUUUUCUUGCCGGCGCUUUUUUCGUAGCUGGAACUGAUACGACUGCUUUGGCGAUAUGCACGGUAUCAAUGGCAGCAGCUUGUUUCCCUGAGGAGCAAGCUAAAGUCCAGGCUGAGCUUGACGCGGUCAUCGGAAGGCACCGAGCACCAACUUUUGUUGAUGAACGAUCCCUUCCUCGUCUGCAGGCCUUUAUCUCUGAGGCUUUGAGGUGGAGACCAUUGGUUCCCAAUGGAACACCACACAGGACGACCAAAGACGUGAUUUGGGGAAACUACUGCAUUCCCGCCGGGACUACUGUGACCGGCAACCAUUGGGCGAUCUCUCGAGACCCAGAAGUCUACCCUGAGCCCGAGGCGUUUAAGCCUCAGCGUUGGAUUAACGACCAAGGUUGCCUGAGGGACGAUCUUGAGUUCUUUGUCUUUGGGUUUGGUCGGCGUAUAUGUCCCGCUCAACACCUUGCAAAGAGAUCGGUGUUUAUAAACUCGGUCCUUAUUCUUUGGGCGUUCCAGCUUGCUAUUGAUCGCACAAAGCCGCUAGAUGACAUGGGUUAUAUGAGCGGGAUGCCACCAAAUGAGGAGCCAUGUGCGAUCGACUUUAAGACGAGGAUUCCGGAAGUGGAGCUCAGGUACAUGAUGCACAAUUACCCUGAGGUCGUAUGAGGAUGCUACUUCAGUCCUAUCUUGUCUCAUAAUUACAGUCCAUUGUCGGUUGACUCGACAUCGCUGUAGAUGUUGGGCAUACUUCACAUCGUCUACUCUCAGUAACAGCACUAGAAUUUCAAGAA